AUGAAUGCCUGGCUUGCCGACACCACGAAUAUUCCUGGCCAGGAUAAUGGCGGCUUUCAUCCCAACACAAUAGAUCCAUCCACCGCGUUUCUCCAUGGAUCCCCGACCCAGGAUCCUUCUCAAUUCCAGCGCAUGUUCAAUGGCAUGUCGCGAAAUGCCUCUCCGGGCUUUCACAACCCAAACCAAGUGAUUCCAUCAAAACGAACACGACCCGAGGAUGGCAUGCCCAUGUCGCCGAGGCCAGCACCGGGAGGCGUGACGGGGUCGCGAUCCCAGACCCCUCAAGUGCCAUAUCCGGGAUAUCAGGGCCCACCAAAUGGCAACGGGCAAUUCCAACAACAUCCCACUCCAUAUCAGCAUCUGCAGCAAGGUGCAUCUCCCAAUGUGACGCAGUCGCCUAUCAUGCAAGACUUUGACCAGCAAAGCAUGCGCUUGGGGACGGCUUCUCCUAGCCCUUUCUCUCCCGCUGGACCCCAUGUCAACAACCAAAUGUCUCCCUCCCAAUCUGAUAAUGGAAAUCGCGUACACACUCCCCAGAACGGCAACUUCAUGCAAGGACAGCAAUUCGGCGCUAUGCCACAAGGACCUGGAAUGUCUGCCGCAGCUGCUCAGCCCUCAAUGCAGGCGCAACAAUUUGGUGGCAUGGCCCAAGUGCCUGCGGGAUAUCAUCAAGCUCUUGCAAGUCAGCAACAGCGACUGCAAGCCAUGCAGGCGCAGAAUCAGCCCCGGCAGAUGAACCCCAAUGCAGCAAUGGCGGGUGGGCGGCCGGUUUCUGGAAUGAAUCCAAUGGCCAAUCCCCAACAAAUGGGUGGGAUGAGACAGAUGCCACCAAACAUGGCUCAGAACAUGCCGAAGCCCAAUAACCCAGAAGGCUUCAUGCGAUCUCUUCAGAAAUUCAUGAUGUCCCAAAACUUACCGAUAGACCAAAAUCCUACGGUCAGUGGGCGCCCGAUCAACCUUGUUCAGCUUUAUGCCUCUGUGAUGAAAUUAGGAGGAUCGAAGAAGGUCACAGCAAUGAACAUGUGGCCAGUUGUCGCACAGCAGCUGCAAUUCCCGCAGAUGCAGUUUCCCAUGGCGGCCCAGGAAAUUCAAAGCCACCAUUCUAGAAACCUGGGUCCUUAUGAACAGGCUUUCCUCAAUUCGCAGCAAAAACUCGCAGGCCAGAUGCAACCCCAGGGCGGUAUGCCACGGCAACCGAACGAGGCAUCAGGGAUGCAAUUCCAGUCGCCCUCUGUCAAACCUACCUCCGGCUUUGACCAACAACAACACAUGACACAAUCCCCCCAAAACAACACUCCAACGCAUAACAACGGACAAAUGAACCCAGCCAAUGGUUUUGCUACACCGACCCCACGGGGUCAAAGCAGGCCAGGUCAAGCUGGACACCGGCCAAGCAUUUCUCGAGGAUCGCAGCCGCCUGGCCCACCAUCAGAAGUUGCUACCGGGCAGUUCCCUGCUCCCUCUCCUUCGCAAUCUGGUAAGGGUGCCACACCAACUCCAGGGCCACCAGAAGCGAAGCCUGAGAGGGUUAUCAAACGCCCCAUUGAGGAAACCUUCAAGCCUUUGGUUUUGAAAGGAGGUCGUAUGCACGGUCCUAUUGCUGUUGAUGAUCUGUACCAGAUUGGCGACGACAUUUCAAGACUCAAACCGGACGUGCCAGCCUUCGGAGAAUUAGGGAUAGUCGAUAUUCACGCACUGACCAUGAGCCUGAAAUCUGGCAUAUAUGCUGAAAUUCGAGUUGCCCUGGACACUCUCACAACAUUAUCCGGUGAACCGUCUGUGCAAAUUUCGCUGGAGAAUUGUGAAGAUUUGGUAGAGAGUCUGAUUGACUGUGCCGAGGAACAGGCCGACUUGCUAGCGCAACAUACCCCUGAGGAAUCCGACACCAUGUCUCUACGUUCAUACGACCAGGUCACCCGGGAUUGUCAAGCUGAAAACACAACACUCAAGGAUGUUCCUGCAUUUGGGAGCAUUGAGUAUGAGCUGGAUCGGGCCGUCGAUCGGCUUAUCUGUAUCACCACCAUCCUGCGCAACUUCUCUUUUAGCGAGACAAACUUCUUACCGCUCGGUGUUCCCCCUGUUGCUCAAUUGUUUGGCGAUGUCUUCCGCUACAUGGGAACUCGUACGAUGUUCCUGCGGUCAUCUCUUAACACCUUGGACUUCAUGAAGGAUGCUGUGAUUCUGUUGAGCAACCUGGCUCAUGUUGUUCAAAUCCCAGGCAAAGAAGAAGCCCAUAGUUUGUUGACUUUCCUGCUUUCCUUUGCACCUGGUUCCGAGUCUACAUCCGCUUCUGGCAAAGUAAUGUUUACCGCGUUCAAUUCUUCGAUUGAUCGCUACACUCCAGCUGCCGUUGAUGGGCUCGCUAAAAUGCUUGCCCGAGACGACCCGAACCGGACAUAUUUCAAAGCUAUUUUCUCUGGAGAUGGAAGCACACCUGCCCAGCCAGAGCUCCUAACCCGUGCAUUUGGCCUUGCUAUUUCCUGCGUUCCCGACAAGAAGCCCAUGUCAGUCGUGGAUGCACGCAAGGUUUUCCUGAUGCAAGGUCUUCUGUCAGCCGAUGUCCUCACCACUUUCGCCGAUGGUUCUCUCGCCCAAGCAUGGCUUGAUUCGGUCGACGGGUUUGCCGUGCACCUCCUGCGCCUGUCAUGUGCUCUGUGCACUGAGCGUAUCCCGCAAAUUAAUAUGCGGCAAAGGGGCCAAGCCGAAGCUGACGCAUAUGCCUUCAGCUCAAUCGUCAACCGUGGCCUAGGCGUCCUCCGCCGGCUCGCCGAGAAGUCAAAGCAGGUGGACAACACCGCUCCUCUCCGGGUCCCAUCAGGAAUUCUCCCCAGGAAGGAAAGUCUACUUGGCGCAUUAUUACUCCCCAACAUCGAUGGCGGUGUUGUUCGCCAGCUUCUCACGUAUGCUCGGUUAGCGGAGUGA